CUAAACACCCCGACACACUUUCUCCUCCUCCUCUCGGACUCGGCCCUCCCCCUGGGGAGCUUCGCCUUCUCCUCCGGCCUGGAGAGCUACCUCGCCCACCAAAAGAUCACCUUCCGCCGGCCGUCCUCGUUCGCCUCCUUUCUCCCGCUCUCCGUCUCCUCUUACGCGUCCACCAACCUCCCCUUCGCCCUAGCCGCCCACCGCGACCCCUCCUUCUCCAACCUCGCCGCGCUAGACGACGCCCUCGACGCGGCCAUUGUGUGCACCGUCGGCAAGCGGGCGUCCGUCGCGCAGGGGAGGGCGCUGCUCUCCGUCUGGGAGCGGGCAUUCGCCGGGGCCCUGGCAGAAGCCGGCAUCGGCACCGGCACCGGCACCGGCACCGGCACCGCUCCCGCGGACAGCGGGUACACCCCGGAGGAGGAGGAGGAGGAUCCCGCGCGGCCACCGCCCGUCGCAGCGCACCUCGCCCCUCUCUUCGGCGCCAUCUGCGCCCUCGUCGGGCUCAGCCUGGAACAGACGGCGUACGUGUUCCUGCUGGGCCACGUCAAGGCGCUGGUGUCGGCGGCGGUGCGCGCGGGCAUGUUCGGGCCGUACCAGGCGCAAAAGACGCUGGCGAGCGGGGAAGUGCAGGGCCUGAUCGCGGCCAUGGUCGAGCGCGAGUGGGCGACACCCGUGGAGGAGGCCGGGCAGAGCGUGCCGGUGAUGGAUCUGUGGGUGGGCAGGCACGAAGUCUUGUAUUCGAGAAUCUUCAACAGUUGA